AUGUAUCUCGUCGGGAUCCCUUUAAUACUCCAUUUACCGAGCUCCCCCUUGGCUUUUUUUGCACGAGACGCCGUUGGAUAUCGUCGUGCUUUAGAAGAAGGGCGCAUCUACCUUGAAGACAUACCUAUGGGAGUUCGGGUGGGCUUUAUAAGAUUCUUCUAUGCAUGUCUUGGCCUUAUGAUCCAGUUUGACUUUGACCGUUCAUCGCCUGCCGCUAGGGACAUGGAGUCGAAACUUUUUCGAUCUCACUUGAAGAUUCCCCUUGUCAUCCCUCAAGAUAGGCAGUACAUGACCGCUGCAUACCCAUCAGAGCCUAUCCUUGUUGAAGCAGCAUCCCAACUGCUGCCAGGAAGUCGACUGGAUGUUCUUGUACCUUGCGCGCUUCGUGAGGCACAAUCGGAAGGUCUCCUCUCCAAAGAUAAUCGACGACAACUAGUUGGUAAAUGCAUUGUCAUCCUCGCGCAAAAACGCGCCGUUACCCGAUUACUACCUUCCUCUCGAUUGCCAGUGGGAUAUAUGGUGGCCCAUGAUCAUCCGGUUUCUGUUCUUGCACUUCUUGACGAGACGUUCAACGCCAAAUGUUUCUCUGUGAAUGCUGUCGACUUCAUCAUUGUAAUGCAUAAUGGCUCUCUCCAGAAUCCUCUUAGUGACAGCUCGACGUCCCAGUUGGCUUUCCAGAUCCAAAACUGCACCGAAGAGGUUUCGGUCUUGGUGGAACGCCAGACCAUCACACCAGCUCGACAAGACCUUCCCAUUCUGUCAUUGUUUAUACAGUUGGGGAUCGAGGAUAAGUCGAAGCAUCGAGUCGAAUCGUUCAAUCUGAUGGAGACAGGAAGAAUUAUCAGAUCAAUACGGUCGGAUGUUCUUCCGAUGUUUACGAUAUGCGAAUAUUUCGAAGUUUCAUACUCAGAAACCGGCUUUCUUCUCCGACAAGGUCGAAUCAUAGAACUGGCUGCAGGACGGGAUGAAGAGCGAGGACGAUAUCAAGAAGGCCCUGGUGAUCACAGCUUAAUUUUGUACAUCCUCUGGUUCCGAAACUUGUCUUCAUCCUCCGACAUGUGGACAGGGAAUGAGCCGGAUGGUAAGAUUUCGUGGGUACUUGGAGACUCGUCUCUGCAUAGAGAGUUCGAGAAAGACCGGAAGUGCCGUGAGAAUAUGGGGAGAGACAAGGGGAUUGGAACCUGGAGCGCCGACAGGGACGUCGAAUAUUGGUCCCCUACGAAUUACCUGUCUUUAAAUUACUUGUAUAGAACAGGAGAAAUUCAAGAGGAGCAUAUUUGCGCGUAG